AUGACACAGAACCUAACAUCUAUUGCUGAUGAACAUAGUAUAAAUCAACCUAUUGAAUACAAUAAAUCAGGUUUAAAUCAAAAUAAUGAUGAAUUAUCAAUUGUCGAAAAGUCAAACACCGACUUAAAGCACCAAGAGAAUCAAUCAACUAUUGAGAAUGAUAAUACCAACAUAAGUUGCUUUAAAUUGACUGAAUUACCGAAUGAAAUCAUAUUGAAUAUAACAAACAACUUAUCUCAAUUUGAUGUAUUACAUUUUAUUAGAACAUGUUCCAGAUUCUACCAUUUAACACUACCACAAUUGUAUCAACAUAUAAUAAUUGAUGAGAAUUUUGAAUCAUCCAAUCAAAAAUAUGAGACUAACGGAAGAACAUAUAUAAAUAAUAAAUUUAAAUUAAAAAAAUUUUGUAAAACCUAUGAUGAAAAAAGUGAUAAUGAUUCAAGUAAUAUCAAUAUCAAAAUUGAUAAGUUUGAAUGUUUGGAACUACCUGAUUCAAUUACAUUUCAUGAUGAUGAUUUUCUAGCGGAUAUGGUUUAUCUAUUUAAUAACUUAAAUCAUUUAACAUCUUUAAUUUGGUUAGACAAAGGAUUUAGAUUAGAUUUAUUAUAUUACUUAAGAAACACAGAAUUGAUAACCACAUUGAUUUUGAAUGUUACACCUAAGGCACGUAGGGGGAGAAACAAUAGGUUUUAUUAUAAAAAAAAUGAAGAAGACUACAAUAAUCUAAUAUUUGAUUUAAAAUUUCCUAAUCUUAGAAAUUUUCAAAUAAAACCUUUUCAAAAUUCAGAAGUUUUACUUAAUCUAAUCAAUGGUUUAUUAAUUAAUCAAAAUAAUCCUAAUGAAAAGUGUAAAACGUUAGGCUUUUUUGGUGGGGAUAAUGCAUUCGAACUGAUUCGAAAUAAUCGUAUUUUGGAAUGUAUAUUUGAAGAAAGUAAAAUUCAAUACUUAGAAAACUUAACUUCACUUUCAAUUAGUGAUAUUGGUGUUCGUCAAAAUGAUUCAGAUUAUUUAAUAAAUUGUAUUAAUUUACAAAAUUUGAAACAUUUACAACUAAGUAGAAUAGAAGAUUUUAGUCGGAAUGGUACUUUAAACUCAAAUUUUUUAACGGAUAUAGCACCAUUUUUGACAAGCAUAAUUCAUUUAUCAUUAAGAAUUCAUCAAAAAAUUCAUCUUAUGCUACAAUUUUUUGAAAUAUUAGCUCAAAAUAAUACUAAGUUAAAAGUCUUAGAUUUGUCAGAAAAGUUUCAUCCUGAUUUAUCUUCUUCAAUAAGUAAAUUUCAAAAUUUGAAAAAAUUAUCUUUAGAAAUUUUUGAUCGAAGGGGGUAUGAAUACUUGGAUAUUUUUGAUUCAAGAGAUGAUGGUACUCAAAAUGAAGGUUUAGUUAUGUUUGAUCCAACUAUGUAUGAUGAAUGGUUGAAAGUUCAAAAUAAUGCUUUAUUACAUUUAAAAUAUAUUCGUAUUGAUAAUAGUUUGUUUCAAUGUGAAUCAAAUUCAAUUCUUAAUCCUGUAGAUGGUUUAGAUUGUUGGUUUAGAUCAAAAGUAAGAUGUGUAAGUUUAAUGGAAUGGAGCAAUGAGUUUGGAAUGGACUGA